AUGUUUCGCUUCUACUCUCUUCCCGUGGAGUUGCAGACGAUGGUUCUUAAUUUCAUCUUCGAAGAUACCAUCCCGAGCUCUUGGGACUUUGCUCCCAAAUGCGACCUACCCCCCUAUGCUUGUGUAAAUAAGCACUGGAACGACUUCUUCGAGUCCAAAACCUUCAGAACCCUUAGUAUAUGCCCAAACGACAUCAAGUCCCUGGCAACUAUCGUCACCCCCCGUCGACGUGCCUAUCUUAAGCACCUUUGGCUCAGAAUACCCCUGACAAGUCAACCCUGUAGCAUCAACCUAGAGCCGGACUGUCCUGGAAUGUACAAACUUCUUAACCAGAAUUUUACCAUGUCAGCUGUUGCGCUAUGGAAUGUUAUCUCCACUUGGAAUCAACAGAAGGGCAUGACUUUGGAACUCAGCGCCUCGUCCGCGUGUUAUUCUGACUGCUUUAUCGACAAUGAAGCUCGCUUAUAUAAAGAGUAUCUCUCUUCAGGCCAACUUGACCAGUAUGAUGAAGAAGAGGAUAUCUAUGAGAGGUACAAUUGCGUUCAUAACGCCGUAUCAGAGUGUGUCGAUUUUCCCUCUAGUGAGGUGCGGGAUCGUGUCUGGACCAAGAUUGUCGACAGACUCUUCGGUACCAAACCUCUCAAGUUCACCAACGAGCGGAUGUUACGCGUCGGCCACGAGUGGGAGUUACCUCCCGUCACAGCUGUAUCGAAAUUCCUCAUCCGCCGCCAGCAGUUCCACGGCAUCUGUCCCACCGCGCUGAACACCAUUCUCUCAAGUCUCGAGGGCAUCGAAGACAUCCAUAUCGAACGGUGGCGCUGCCCUGGUUCUUUCAAGGAGAAGAUCUGGUGCCAAAAGGCACAAAUCCCGUUCGCGAGGGAACUCCCAAGAUCUACCAAGAGUCUCAGUCUCUACGGCGAAACGAACACUGUCAUUCAUCAAUGGGAGAGCAAAGGCACCAAUGUUAUAAGCUUCGCUAAAGCUCUUCGCCAAUAUACCAACUUCCUGGAGCAUCUCUCUAUCUCGCAUAUGGUAGACGCCAGGGAAUUCUUCCGCCCUUUCUCCUCAGCCAACGAGGAAGCGACCAGCUCCCUCAGAGAAUGGCCUAAUCUCAAGACCAUUUCCCUAACAUCAGACGUGUUCAAGACUGGUACUGAAGAGGAGAUCACCAGGCUUCUGUGCACGGUAGCUCGUGCGGCGAGAAAGAUGCCCAAACUCCAGAUGCUCCAGCUGUGGAAUGGCGAAGCAGAGAGGGCAUGUGUCUUUCGUUAUCGAGUCGAGGACACAGUUGGGGAGAUCACCUGGUGUGGAACAGAUAUCGAAUCCCUUACCCAUGGAGUAGUCAAGGAGUGGAAUGCCGUAUCAGUGUGCCUCAAUCGAACGGAUGCACGGGAAUUUGUUGUACCGGUGAAAAAGGAGGAUAUUGCCUCUACCGGACAAGUACUCACGUACUUGUCUAACAAGGACCAGAUCAUGCACCCUGCCUCGGCCUACAGAGUCAUCGGAAAGGACCAAGGUCAAGAGACAGGCAUAAAGGCAAAGAGUCGGCACAUGGAAGUGUUGCGUUGCCACUAG